UCAAGUGAUGGUACAUGUACACAAUAAACAAUGAAGAUGACACCCAGAUCUCGCAUCUUGUGGAGCCUUGCUUCAUUGACCAACCACCUCGCCCAGACCGGUCACCGUGGCAACCGAACAGCCUCAGGCCCCGCCUCCUGCAGCCAUUGGUCAGAUCCCCGCUUACCAAUUCCAAUCAGCAAUGAGCGUAGUCGAGGGCAACGCAAGACACCUGUCAGCUUUGUUGUUGUACCUGUCAGUGAUCUGGGUUACCCUGUUGGUUCAUCAGGGAGUAGCAUCUGGGCUUAUACACCAGGGAGCAGCGGUGACUGGAUCCCAAGUAGCAACUUAGAGGACAUACCAGGCACAGCAGCUAACAGGAUGCCUAACUUCCCCCAUCAAGACACUGUCAAGAGAGGAUGGCUUCCAAAUGAACAAACACCUGUCAGCCGGUUUGGUGAGCAACAUGAGCCAAUGUCUGGCAUGCAUCAUAACAUGGCCAUGGGAGAUGGGGGUGGGGUGACAGCUCAUGGAAUGGCAGGAACGGUCUGGAACCCUGUAGCCACCAUGCAACUUCAUGGCAUCAAUCCAAAGGUGGGUCCUGUCUCAAAGCUUAAGUCCGUGUCAAUAUUAUCAGGCUAUAUAUGUGAGGCAUUCUGGCAAAAUGAGACGGAACUGGGCACAGGCCGUAGUGGAGGGAAAAUGAAAAAAAAUGAUAGGGCGUGA